CGGGGGACCGCGGGUGGGGUCGGCCUGGGCGCAUGCGCGCGCGUGCGGGUCGCGGUGCGUCUUCCCGAGUCGCCCGUGCUUGGUCGCGGUUCCGUGAACCGCGGGCGGCCCGGGCUCCCUCCUUGGCCAUGGCCCCCGCGCCCAGGUCCCUGUUGUCCCCGCCGACUUUGCUGCUGCUGCUGCUGCUGAGCCUAGCGCUGCUGGGCACCCGCGCCGAAUCCGCCGCCGGGAGCGCUGUACCCGCGCAGAGCCGUCCGUGCGUGGAUUGCCACGCAUUUGAAUUCAUGCAGCGAGCUCUUCAGGACCUACGGAAAACCGCCUACAGCCUGGACGCGCGGACGGAGACCCUCCUGUUGCAGGCCGAGCGCCGGGCUCUGUGUGCCUGCUGGCCAGCUGGACGCUGAAGAUCCUUGGCCAGUGAUGUUCCCUGUCAAUAAAUGCCUGCUAGCA